GUUGAAUUGGCAAACUUUGUUGCACUAAGAGCCGGUCUCGUGGCUUCUAAAGUCCGAGAUAUGUUCCAGCCAGCGUCUGUUGUGUCCCAGGACACAGCGCCUAGCAGGAAAAAUGAAGAUUCAAAGAAUGAGCUACUGGGCCAGCCUUCGGAGGAAGGAAGCUCUGCAAAGGAAGGGUCUGUAGGAAAUAAUCCAUAUAUCAGCCCCGAGGAAAACGAGUUAGACCAAAAAGGCGAAGAACAUUUUGCCUCACUACUAGCCCAUGGACGAUAUUUUCUAGUGGAGAGCAACGCGUUCGGGAUGCUACGCGAGGGUCUUCGAAAUUUUGUUCACCCACCUUACAAGCAGACUACGCACCUCAGCAGAGCAAUUACAGCUAUGGGGUACUCUGAAAGUUCCGAGCCAGCGCCUGCACUCCAUUUGAACGUUUUGGCAAAGAUCUCUAGGACAGUAAUGUCGCUUCUCUCCAGUCUUGGGCUCAAAGAAAAAGCUAUACAACCAGGAUAUCAGCGCAUAAGGUGGAUGAACGCACACGGUAAAUGGCUUUAUGAUGACUAUAUUGAACAUGACGCAGGCGCCCUUCAUGUCUUGCAAAAUCAUUUGAAUACAUUAAUGUACCAAACAGAGACUUCGACUGAAGGUGACAACGGUCACAGUUCCUCUCAUUCUUCCCGUGUGGGUACUCCCAACCGUAGUUCAGCAGUGGUAAACAGCUCUAACACUGGGGGUAUGCUUGGUGAAUUGCAUGAUGCGUCUGCAGAUGUUGGGAUCGGUAGCGCUAUCCGAGAUGUUGAGCUUGGUGAAUCCCCGCAUCAUACUUUUCAUCUUCUUCUCUGCGAGGAAAUGGGGAGAUAUGGUGUUGAGCUCCAUCAAUUGCCCGUUACACACAUCAUGGAUGAUCGUCAAUUUUUCUGCGCAUUGCAACGGGUCUAUUACGAGCAUAGGGGAAGAUUCAAACCGUUUUGGUCUUUGAGAACAGUUCGCGGUAUCCAUUUUAUGAAGUUUACCUAUGGGGGCCACCGAUAUAUUGAUGUUCGAUGUCAUGAGGAUCUUUGUGAAAAAGAAAAGCCCUGCGAUUGUGUACCACCAGGUAAUCUGGUCCAUCCAAACGGAACAGAAUAUGAAUUCUGCCCGUUACCGCCCAAGUUAUCCCCCCCUUUUGGACCGCGAAUGAUGAUGGACCUAUUUACCUACCCUAAUUGCAUAAAGCCAAGUACGACACUGGUUGUUCAGCAGCUUCCAAAAAGGACCUGUGGAGAGCUUCAGUCUGAGUACAUUGAAAUGAAAGAGGCAUGGGGAAUAUAUUACAAGGAAGAUUGGGACUGGACCAAGAUUUGGUGGAUUCUUGGCGUUGGAUUUUUCCCUCCCAGUUUGAUUUUCAGGGAGCAUUUGGAAUAGCAAGUUGGUGGAUGACAGGAGCUACGAUUGUUGUUGGCAUUGUUGGAACAUGUACAUGGACUUUGAGAUGCUGUCGAAGGCAGCUACAUCAAUUUCUCUCACAACUACCCGUAUCAGUUAUGCAAACCAGCGGGCCCCUCUGUGUGACAAAUUGUCAGGAGGUACGG